AAACAAGUGAAGACUUAUUCUUAAAAAUUAUACAAGAAAUUAAAGCAAGUAAUUUAGAAGAAGCUUUAUUGCUACUUCCAUUUGCUACUGCCUGUGAAAUUUUACAAAUGAUUCCAAGAUUAUCGAAAAUCAAUUUUCACACAGAAUUAUUAACUAAAUUGACUGUUUUUUUAAUACAAGCUCAUCAUGGACCCAUCACAUCCAACCAAAAUCUUUUAUUGACAUUAGAAACUAUAAAAUCAAUUAUCUUUGAAAAGAUAUCUACGUUAAGGGAUACAGUUGGAUUUAAUUUACAUUGCAUGUUGCAAGUAAAACGUAAAGUAGAAGAAAAAGAAGGUGUACAAUUCUUUAAAGAUGCAACUGCAAAGAAGGAACAUAGAAAUAGAAUUAGAAAAAAUAAGGAGAAAUCCUUAAAAAGAGCAAUUAUGUCUUUAUAAUAUAAUUAUAAACAAUA